CCCUCCGGAACUAUGCGACUGCAGCACGGUUCCCGGUCGGUCCAGUUGGUAGCCGGAAGCGGAAGUGCGCCCGGGAGACGUCCGAGUGGUAGAUGCGGUGGCAGAGAGAGCCAUGGAGCACGUGACGGAGGGUUCCUGGGAGUCGCUACCCGUGCUGCUGCACCCGCGGGUGUUGGAUGUGCUGCAGGAGCUGGGUUUUCCGUACAUGACGCCGGUGCAGUCCGCAACCAUCCCUCUGUUCUUGAAAAACAAAGAUGUUGCCGCUGAAGCGGUCACAGGCAGUGGCAAAACACUUGCUUUCGUCAUCCCCAUCCUGGAGAUUCUCCUGAGAAGGGAGGAGAAGUUAAAAAAGAGUCAGGUUGGCGCCAUAAUCAUCACACCCACACGAGAGCUGGCUGUUCAGAUAGAUGAGGUCCUGUCGCAUUUCACGAAGCCCUUCCCACAGUUCAGCCAGAUUCUCUGGAUUGGAGGCAGGAAUCCUGGAGAAGAUGUCGCCAGGUUUAAGGAACACGGUGGGAAUAUCAUCGUGGCGACCCCAGGCCGCCUGGAGGACAUGUUCCGAAGGAAGGCUGAGGGCCUGGACCUGGCCAGCUGUGUAAGGUCCCUGGAUGUGCUGGUGUUGGACGAAGCGGACAGACUUCUGGACAUGGGGUUUGAGGCGAGCAUAAACACCAUCUUGGAGUUUUUGCCGAAGCAGAGGAGAACAGGCCUUUUCUCGGCCACUCAGACGCAGGAAGUGGAGAACCUGGUGCGAGCAGGCCUCCGGAACCCCGUGCGCAUCUCGGUGAAGGAGAAGGGGGCGGCAGCCAGCAGCACACAGAAGACCCCUUCCCGCCUAGAGAACUACUACAUGGUGUGUAAGGCAGACGAGAAGUUUAAUCAGCUGGUCCAUUUUCUUCGAAAUCACAAGCAGGAGAAACACCUGGUCUUCUUCAGCACCUGUGCCUGUGUGGAAUACUACGGAAAAGCCCUGGAGGCCCUGGUGAGGAGUGUGAAGAUAAUGUGCAUCCACGGGAAGAUGAAAUACAAGCGCAACAAGAUCUUCAUGGAGUUUCGCCAGCUGCAGAGUGGGAUUUUAGUGUGUACUGACGUGAUGGCCCGAGGAAUAGAUAUUCCAGAAGUGAACUGGGUUUUGCAGUACGACCCUCCCAGCAGUGCAAGUGCCUUCGUGCAUCGCUGUGGCCGCACAGCCCGCAUCGGCCACGGUGGCAGUGCGCUUGUGUUCCUCCUUCCCAUGGAAGAGUCCUAUGUCAAUUUUCUUGCAAUUAACCAAAAAUGCCCCCUGCAGGUGAUGAAACUCCAGAAAAACACAGUAGAUCUCCUUCCAAAGCUCAAGUCCAUGGCCCUGGCCGACAGAGCCGUGUUUGAAAAGGGCAUGAAAGCUUUUGUGUCAUACGUCCAGGCUUAUGCGAAGCAUGAAUGCAACCUCAUCUUCAGAUUAAAGGAUCUUGAUUUUGCUAGUAUUGCUCGAGGUUUUGCCUUGCUGAGGAUGCCCAAGAUGCCAGAGCUGAGAGGAAAGCAGUUUCCAGACUUUGUGCCUGUGGAUGUCAAUACAGACACCAUUCCAUUUAAAGAUAAAAUCAGAGAAAAGCAAAGGCAGAAACUAUUGGAGCAACAAAGAAAAGAGAAAACUGAAAAUGAAGGGAGAAGAAAAUUCAUAAAAAAUAAAGCCUGGUCAAAGCAGAAGGCAAAAAAGGAAAAGAAGAAAAAAAUGAAUGAAAAAAGGAAAAGAGAAGAGGGUUCUGAUAUCAAUGAUGAGGACAUGGAGGAACUUCUCAAUGACACCAGGCUCUUGAAAAAGUUUAAAAAAGGCAAAAUUACUGAAGAAGAAUUUGAGAAGAGGCUGUUGACAGGUGGCAAAAGAUCAGUCAAGACAGCAGGUUUAGGGAUCUCAGAUUCGGAAGAUGACGUCUGAUUCCCGUCCCCCCGGUGAAAUGCAAGAGGGCAAGGGACCUGUGAGCUGGCCCCGUGCACCGAAGCAGCCAGUCCUUGUUUGCUCCUACUCAGCGUCAGAACCCCAGUGGCCAGCUCAAAGCUGCUGCUGCAGACUGGGGAGACAGGAGGGGUUUCAUGCUCAUGGAUAUUUUAUUAAACACACACCAGCCUGGCAGAAGAAAAUGUAAAAUUACUUGAGUGUAAAUAACAGAUGUCAGUAUUUAUUUUGAUGGGUUACUUCAAGAGCUCAUUUACUUGGGGCUAUUUUAUGCUUAUUUUUUAACAUAAAGAUCAUGCAGUAGACUUGACUUUAGGUCUUUUAAAGUUCCUCAGUGUUUUUAGACACCUGACCUCCCUAGGUGUCCUCACCCCCUGGAUGUCAGUUCUCUUGGGAUGUCCUACACAGAGCCCCUGCACAGUCUCUAGUAUUGUUUUGUUGGUGAGUAUCUGAAAAACAGGAAGUCAUUCUGGGAAAGAAAACUCUUACGCCUUCUGCUGAAUAAACUGUAUUUCCUCCUCAUUAA